AAUAUCGAAGUUAGCCCCAGUCUCUGCAGAAACUUGGCUGCUCUCUUGCUCUGCCUUGACUGUAUGUGUGUGUGUGUGUGUGUGUGUGUGUGAGAUCAGGAACAGCUCCAAUGCUUGAACAUUUUUGCGGUGUCUUUUCACAUUUCAGUAGUUUCCGUUAAUGCGUUCGGCUCGUUGAAAAGUGUCUGUACUUGGGAUUUGCCUUUUUUCAUUUUUCAUUAUUUCUUCUUCUUUUUUUUUGUUUUUGUUCUUUCGAUUUUACGCUUCGGUUUGCAACGCGCCGGUCCUGCAACAAAUUGCAAAGUUAAUCAGAAAAGCAAUCAAAUAAUAUCACAACUGUCAACGGGAGAAUCAACCGCGACAAAUCAACCAAAGUAAAAGACAUUCUCAGUUGAGACAGAGGUUAGCAACGUCAAAGGCGACGACAACAACAUUGACGACGACGACGACGACGACGACUCGUGAGCUUACGUCAUACAAAUUUAUAUACUAGAUGGAACAUAGUCUAUUUCUAUAUGCCGCAUGUGCUUAAAGAAAAGGUGAAUACAGUGCUGGCAAUAUAAAUAUAGACGCUUCUUUCACUAGUUAACGAGAACUAACGCCAAAAACCGAAUAAACAAAGUCAAAGAAAAUUGUGAAAAGUUCAAGAAUUUUUGUUAAGUGUUUGUUGAGUGCAAAAGAGUGAGAGAGACAGAGAGGGAAAAUGCCGCUCUAUUCGGAUUCAAGCAACUACUACUACAGCGGCGGCAGCAGCCAGCUGUACUCGCCCUACUACAGCUCGAGCUUGGUCAGCAGCAGCACCACCAGCCCCAGCUACACGUCCAGCUACAAUCGCGCCUAUCCGGGCAGCUAUAUGGUGCCGCUGCUGCCCUCGCCGCGCUCGCCCAGCUACAGCAGCAGCAGCAGCAGCGGCAUCGGCAGCAGCAGCAACAGCAGCAGCAGCAGCAGCAUCUUGGGCCUAUCCUCACGCUAUCAGCCCAAGCUGACUACGAUCACGGAGAGCUCCGGGCUGACGGGUCGCCACAGCGGACACAGCAGCCUAAUGCCACUGACGCGCAUCCAGUCGCCCAAGUACACAUCCGUCUCCAGCUACGGCAGCAGCAGCAGCAGCAGCAAUCGCUAUAUACCGCCGCGACCCAUCGCCAUCAAUACGGCGGACAUAGAUGUGAGCUCGUCGAGAUACAGGCGCUCGGCUGAGCCGGUGGACCGCAAGCGUGAGCCGGACGCAAACAAAGAACAGGCCAAGGAAGAGCCAAAGGAACAGCAACAGCAGGAGCUGCAGCAGCAACCAGAGCCACAGCAACAGCAACAGCAGCAGCAGCCCCGCCGAUCCACUAUACGCCGUAAUCGAGCUGUGGUGCGUCUCUCCACCAUACGUCGGCGCAGCAAGGAGCGUGUGGAGCAGACGACGACGACCAGCGAGAAGCAGCAACAGCAGCAGCAGGAGCAUCAGUUCCGAGAUCUGCCGCCGCCAGCGGAGCCCAGCUUGAGCUGGCGCCAGAAACUGGCCGAAGAGCUGGCCGCCUUUCCCACGAUCAGCAACAAGAAGUCGCCCGGCGAGCUGCUGCGCGAGCGUUUCUACAUACGCGACGAGAAGCAGGAGACGUUGGCGCCACGGCAUCAGCAGCGCCAGCAGCAGCAACACAGCAGCAGCAACAUGAGCAGCAGCAGGAGCAGCAACAUGUGAGUGUUGCUCAGAUCUUUACUUUCGAUGAGGCCGCCAUUCAGCAGAAUCGAGCAACAGCAACGCCCACAGUCGUUGCCACGCCCACU